AUGAUGCAAAUAAAGUCCCAAGAGGAGGGCACGGACCCAGAUGACCUUGAUGAAUCGGUCAAGACCACAGCCAUGCUCUCAAAUCUUUGCAACAUUCAGGCAAAAGUUAACAAAAUUUCUGAGAAGAUGAGAGAACUAGCAGAUAUGAACCAUUCGGGGAUGAACACGGUGACACGCAUCAACCGGUUUCAAGACCAGCUGGAGCAACUGCAGUGCAUGGUUAGCCAGGAUUUGUAUAAGACUGGCGAGGUGGCCAGGUGUCAGUACAAACUCAUCAACGACAUCGAACGUUUCAUGGACAUGCUAAAAUGCGAAGAGACAAGGUUAAGAUCAAUCUGCUACGACCUGCCUCAAGAAGCACCUCAGCAACCACAAUUUCAACUGAAAUGUUGCUGCAACAUGCGACAACGACCGUCGCAGCAACAGUCGCAAUUGGAGCAAGGUAGCAAAAGUGAUUGUUGUUAUCAGCAAGAGUCACACGCAAAAUCAGGAGACCAUGAUCAGUGUUUGACUUCCGGAUUUCAAAAAACUAGAGGAGGAUCUAAUUGCCCUGGUUCUCAAGGGAUGGGAGAAUCUAACUGCUGCGGAUGUCAAAAGGAGGAAAAAUGUAACUGCUACAGACCUCAAGGAACUUGUGAAUUUAACUCCCAAGGUCAAGGAAUCAGGGAAAUGAACCCUUCGUCUAAUCAAUCUCUGCCUAUUUCCAUGUGUGGGAUUGCUAAUAAUCGUAGAUUCAAGUCUGUGGUUUACAUUUCAGAUUUACACCCAAUGGGGAAGUUUGUGAAGAUUUCAAACGCAGAUCGGGAUAGGAUAAUAAAGUCAGACUCAUGUCCGGGAAGGGAAUACUACCUCCAUUUCCGUUUUCCGCUCCGGGUCCAGCUUCCGCCGGCGGAUCACGUGAAGGUCUGGAGCGCCUGCUUUGAUCCGGGGGUGUGCAAGUCCCCGGCAGAUUUCGUGGCCUUGGGCGUGUCCAGACAGUCUCCUGGAUUAAAGGAUCGCGAAUUAACACCGGACCCGGCUAUUAAGAACUUUAGAACAUUCCAGAACAUUCUAAAACUUAUUAUAACAUUUUAA